GCUGCCUGUUUCUCCGUACUUGGCACCGCCCACUUCUCUGCCUUCGUCGACGCCCUCACAUACUUCUUGCUGUUGUGUUCAAGCUUCUUCGCACACACACACACACACACACACACACAGCAACAGUGAAAGCGACAGAAGAUGCCCGCUCCAUUGCUCCCGUUGAUCUUGCGCAAGGACGAUUGCCUUCUUCUUGCCGUGUACAACGAGAAGGCUGCCAGCUUCGUGGAGUUGGCGAACGAGGCGAACACGUACGUGGGCGACUACCGAGAGUGCGAGGUUGCUUUCAACCCCGCCCACCCCACUCGCUUCGCGCACGCCACCACCACGACUCUGACCUACACCGAAGUGAUCGAGAACACAAACGCGGCCGAGGAUGACGUCCACCGCUUUUCUCUCCGUACGAUUUUCUCUGUGCCGAUGCCGCACAUCGUCGUCAGUCUCGCCUUCUCACCUCGCGGAACCUACUUGGUGUCCUACGCCAUGAUGGACCAGAAGCGAACCCCGGACGGCAACUUGAGUGUCUUUGCGUCCGCCUCCGGACAGUUGCUGCGUCGCGGCAUGCAGGCCCGCUGGCCGGCGAUGGUGUGGACGGAGGAGGAGAGGUACGUGGUGCGCCCGGUGCAGGGGUGGAUGCACGUGCUGGACGGCAUGCUGACCGCGUCCUCGUCUUCUUCCCUCUCCAAUGAAGCUUCAGGAGACGAAGACGGCGCGGAACAGCACGAGACGGCGCCGGCGACGCCGACAGUGCAGGCAGGCGGCAGCGGUCCGCUGAGCAAGAUGGACCUCAUGCUGGCGCAGGACAAGGAGAUUGAGUACGCCAUGGCGCCGGCGGAGGGGCGUCCCAUGCUGGCCCUCUUUAAGCCCUUCUACAAGCAGCGCCAGGCCACCUUCGCUGUGUACCGCCUGCCCAACGUACAAGAGGGGCCCCUCUAUCAGGUGAACUUCGGUCGCGCCGAGACGGCCAGCGUGUCGUGGAGCCCCUCAGGCAACUACGUCGCCCUGCUCGUCAAGUCGGAGCGCGACCCGAGUGGCAAGAGCUACUACGGUACCGUGAAGCUACACAUUAUUGACGCCCUGAACCGCAGCAUCGUCGACGUGCGCCUGAAGGGGGAAGGGGAGACGGUGCACGACUGCCAGUGGGGUCCUUCGUCCGAUGAGCUGCUCGUAAUUCACGGCAAGAUGCCGCGCAACAAAUGCACGCUGUUCAACAGGAGCGGCGUCGCGCUUGUGACGUUUGGCGAGGCCCCGCGCAACACGGUGUCGUGGGCGCCGAACGGCCAGUACUUCGUGGUGGGUGGAAGCGGCAACCUGGCAGGGGACUUUCAGUUCUACGCCCGCCCGCAGACGGUGGGGACCGCCACCGCCACCGCCGAAUCGUCGGGCAGCGUGGCGAGUAGCAGCGCCGCCUGCAUCGGUGAGUUCAACGAGAAGUGUAGCUUCCAGCUCUGGGCUCCGGACAGCUACAAUUUCCUCUGCUCCACCGUCUUCACGCGGCUGCGAAUGGACAACAAGAUUGUCAUCACGAAGCUGAACGGCGCACGGGUGCUGACGCAGAAGUUCCCGAUGUUGUAUGGAGCGCACUGGGUGGCGAUGAGGGCACCGAGCGACUACCCGGCUCGCGUUGCCUCGCCCCGUGCGACAGCGGAGGAGAAGCCAAAGCCGCAGGCGUACCGCCCACCUGGCGGGACCUCACGCGCAGCGGCGCUGCUGAGGCGCGACCCGGCGUCGACGCAGCAGGCGAAGGCGGCCGGCCCGGUGGGGGCCACCGUGGCGGUACAGAAGAAGAAGCGCCGGCAUUGA